AUGGAAGAAGUGGCGGAGGCUCCGUCCGGCGUAUUAGGCAUGCAGCGUAGCCUUCAAUUCAUGCAAGUCAAUGAUGCAGCACCAGCUGGGGGAUGUGCCCAGAAAAAACGCCUACUGGCACAGCUCAAUGAGUCAACCUGGGAUAAAAUUGGUUUUCUGAACGAAGUGGCUGGUGAUUUGGACGAUGCACUGUUCGCUUAUGAACAAGCGCUGCGACAUAAUCAACGCUCGACACGAAUCAUGAACACGAUCUCCCGAAUAUUGCGUAGUAUGGAGAAGUAUCCCGAAGCUAUUGAAUUACUUCAAAACAUUCUUAGACUAGAGCCUUCCAAUGGAGAGGUCUGGUGUAAUCUAGGCCAUUGCUAUCUAAUGACGGACAAUCUCCAAGAAGCGUACGGGGCCUACAAGCAAGCGCUGUACCACUUGCCAGAUCCUGCGGAUCCGAAACUAUGGUAUGGUUUUGGUAUUCUAUACGAGCGCUAUGGCUUGCUAAAGCUGGCCGAAGAAGCUUUCAUUCAAGUUGUGCGAGUACAACCAAACUCCGAAAGGGCGAAGGAGGUGUAUUUCAGACUUGGUGUAAUUUAUAAGCAACAGCAAAAAUUUCAGCCUAGUCUCGAGUGUUUUAGAUAUAUUGUGCAAGACCCACCACUGCCUUUACGGGAAGAAGAUAUCUGGUUUCAGAUUGGCAAUGUUCAUGAACAGGAAAAUGAAUGGUUGCUGAUAUGGCUUCAAAAGUUCGAGAGUGCGGAAGCUGCCUACAAGCGCGUCUCUGAUAUGAGUCUAAAGCGGGCGAACAUCUUUUUGUAG